ACCAUUUCCGUCCGAGAGUCAGAACCUGCCCCGAUUGCUACCCCUCAACUCAUGCCAGUCAGCAACUCCUUCCCUUUCAUCUUACUCCUCCAUUUCGCUUUCCCUCUCUGCAAAUCAAUCAACAAGAAAGCCAAUCUCUGAACUACCCAGAUUCCAAAAUCUUGAAUUCUCCGAACCCUUUGAAGGAGACGAUCCAAAUGGGUUCACAUACCAUCUCUUCGCCGGAAAACACAAACAAGCCCAUCCCUAUUCCAGCUCAAGAAGACGACCCACCAAACCAGACCACCGCUCUUCUCUCCUUCAACACCGACCACUCUUCCCUCCCUCCUCCACCACCCGCUACCGCCCUCAUUGCCUCCCUCCUCAGCGCCACAGCUAUCUCCUUCUGCGCCGCCGUUGCCUUCGCCUUUCUAUUCUUCUCCGGCCGGAACCAUUCCCCCAACACCGUCGCCGAAGUCGCCCGCCCGCUCGCCAAACUCAGCCGUCCGGUCGUGCUCCUGGUCUCCUCUGACGGGUUUCGAUUCGGGUACCAGUACAAGACCCCGACGCCCAACAUUCACCGCCUGAUCAACAACGGCACCGAGGCCGAAACGGGUCUGAUUCCGGUUUUCCCAUCCUUAACUUUCCCGAACCACUACUCGAUCGUAACUGGUCUCUACCCGGCUUAUCACGGAAUCAUCAACAACCAUUUUGUCGAUCCUCAAACCGGCAACUUUUUUACCAUGGGCAGCCACGAUCCCAAGUGGUGGCUGGGGGAGCCAUUGUGGGAAGCCGUGGCCAACAACGGGUUGAAGGCCGCAACCUAUUUCUGGCCCGGUUCCGAGGUGAAGAAAGGUUCCUGGACUUGCCCGCAAAAUCUCUGUAAGCAGUAUAAUAGUUCAGUACCGUUUGAAGAGCGAGUUGAUGCUGUUUUAAGCCACUUUGAUCUUCCGAAGAAUGAAAUUCCGGUGUUCAUGACGCUGUAUUUCGAGGACCCAGAUCACCAGGGGCAUCGGGUCGGGCCGGAUGACCCUCAAAUCACAGAUGCCAUUGCUAGGGUUGAUCAAAUGAUUGGGAGGCUGAUUCAGGGCUUGGAAAAAAGAGGGGUUUUUGAGGAUGUGAGUAUAAUCAUGGUGGGUGAUCAUGGAAUGGUUGGAACGUGUGAUAAAAAACUAAUCUUUCUGGAAGAUCUAGCUCCAUGGAUUGAAAUUCAUGAAGACUGGGUUCAGUCUUAUAGUCCAUUGUUGGCAAUUAGGCCGCCUCCAAAUUUGGAUGCUUCGGAUGUUGUGGCAAAGAUGAACCAAGGAUUGGGGUCCGGCAAAGUUGAGAAUGGGAAGAACUUGAGAGUUUAUCUCAAGGAGGAGCUGCCCGGCCGGCUGCAUUACUCAGCCGGAGACCGGAUCCCGCCGGUGAUCGGGUUGAUCGAGGAGAGCUUCAAGGUGGAGCAGAAGAGAUCGGCCAGGAAAGAGUGCGGAGGAUCCCAUGGCUAUGACAAUCAAGUGUUCUCGAUGAGGACCAUCUUCAUCGGCCAUGGCCCUCAGUUUGGUCGGGGGAGAAAGGUGCCAUCUUUCGAGAAUGUUGAGAUUUACAAUUUGGUGACUUCAAUUCUGGGCAUACAAGGAGCUCCCAACAAUGGAAGUGCUUCCUUUGUCAAUUCACUUCUGUUGCCUAGCAACUGAUAUGCAUAUCCAUUCGGGGAUGGCAUGCAGCUCGCUUGUUGAUUCGGCAGAUUGAGUUUGAAACUGCAACAUACUUCGGUUGGUUCGGUUUAGAAGUGUAAAAGGGUUUCGGAGCUGGCAUGUGGAGUAUAAUCACGUAGAGUGAGGAGUUUAGAUUGUUAGAUGAUAAAGGGGUCAUUUGGGAUUUUUUUUUUUUUUUUUGGUUGGGGGGGGGGGGGCAUUGGCACUCGAUUACAAAUAGAAGUAUGAAAGUUUAUUAUUAAGUAAAAACAAACGAUUUAAGGCAUCGGCCAUUGAAGCAUAAUACAAGGGAGACACUACAUGUAAUUCUGGUGAUUAUACGAACCAUAUGUGACUCUUUGAGAUGUAUAGUGGAGGCAGAGGCAAUUAUUUUUGUACAACAAUUACAAACAUCUUUGUACUUUC